AUGGCCACCGCGCGCCAACAACCGCAAUGGCAACAGCCACCCCUCCACCCUGAGGCCGAAAAGAGCCUACCUCCUCUGAAAGUUUGGAACUCGUUGACGCGCUCGAAGAACCCUUUUAUUCCCAUCGAUAAGGAAGGAAAGAAAGUUUCUUGGUAUGCGUGCGGACCGACUGUCUACGACGACGCCCAUUUGGGCCACGCUAGAAACUAUGUUAGCACCGAUAUCAUUCGGCGUAUCAUGCGUGACUACUUCAAGUUCGAUGUGAAUUUUGUCAUGAAUAUCACGGACGUGGAUGACAAGAUUAUCCUUAGAGCCCGACAGCAACACUUGUUCACGGAGUUCACCUCUGAGCACCCUACAAUCGGUGCCGACGUGUUGGACAUUGCUAAGAAAGCAUACACCGCAUACCUCAAGAAGAACCUGACAUUGCUGAGCCCAGAUCUGCCUGCGUCUCAAUAUAAGGGUGAAGUAGAAAAGACCUACGCCACUGUGCUAAAUGGAGGGCCCUUGCCGGGCAAUGAGAAGGCCGGUGACGAUGAAGCGAAGGUCAAAAUGCACAUCAAGACCGUUGCAUCGGCAGCAAAGGUGAUUGCGGAGGCGGAACGCUCGGGCGAGCAGCCUACGGGCUUCGCGGAGAAGUUCUACACGGAAGCUCAAGAUCUCCUUUUACCGUACCUAGACACAUUGAAAGGAGCCUCGAUCAAUGCAGACGACCAUGGCAUAUUCACCAAGUUGACUAAGAGAUAUGAAGAGCGGUUCAUGAAGGAUAUGCGGGAUCUGAACGUCCUUGAUCCCACCGAAAUUACUCGAGUCACUGAGUAUGGUGCAGAGAUUGCUGAUUUCGUGGAGAAAAUCGUGCAGAAUAACUUUGGCUAUGUUACGGACGAUGGCUCUGUCUACUUUGAUAUUAACGCUUUCGAGGCUGCUGGCCACCCGUACGCCCGGCUGGAACCCUGGAACCGUUCGGAUAGCAAGCUGUUGGCUGAAGGAGAAGGCUCGUUGACAAAGAAAGCAACAGAUAAACGAUCUGCGUCUGAUUUCGCCCUUUGGAAGGCUUCGAGCUGAUGGACAUCCAUUCGGGUGGUGUCGACCUUGCGUUCCCUCACCAUGACAACGAACUUGCGCAAAGCGAGGCUUACUGGGCAGACAGCCAUAGCCACUCACACGACGACCAAAUUUCACUACCAUCGUGAGGCUUUAGAAAGGAAGGAGUGGACCCCACGGAGCUUGAGAAUCGUGUUCCUACUGGGCGGCUGGAAGGAUGGCGUUGAAAUCACCGAUGACCUUGUCAGCGCAGGUGGUUCGUGGGAGGAGAAGGUGAACAAUUUCUUCAUCAAGGUUAAAGACCCCGCUGCCCUGCAAGGUUCCGGCGCGGAUGAUACUCUCGCCAUUGCUUUGGCAGAUGCCCAAAAGGCUGUCUAUGAGCACCUGUGCGACUCCACCGACAAAUCGACUGUGAACCCCAAGGAUGUUGAGUCUGUGGCCCGGUGGAUAACCUCCAUGGUCAAUAUUUUCGGCCUUAACGGCAAUGCUGCUGCCGACAGCCAAGAGAUUGGAUGGUCUGGCAUUGACGUCCCGGAAGGGGCCAAGCCUUUCCUUCACCCACUGUCCUCCAUGCGUGACACUCUGCGACAAGCCGCACGGGCGAAGGAAGGAAUCAACGCCAAGACCAUUGCUGAGAUCGUCGAGCGUGAAUCUCUUCCUGAGGAAGAAGUUACAGAGUCCACGAAACCAUAUGCUGAUGUCUUGAGCAAUUUCCGCAACAAACUGUCGUCACUUGAGGAAUCGAGUAACAUUAGCAAGGAGGUUUUGGCACUCUGCGAUCGUGUUCGCGAUAUCGAUUUGUUCGAAGUCGGUGUGUAUCUUGAAGACCGAGACAACUUGCCCGCACUUGUUCGCCCGGUGACUCGCGAGUUGAUCCAAGCUCGGGAAGAGAAGGCCAAGCGGGCGCAGCAAAAGCAGCUCGAAAAGGAGAAGAAGGAAAAGGAGGCUUUGGAGAGGUUGCAGAAGGGCAAGCUCAGCCACCUGGAGAUGUUCCGGACAAACGAGUAUAGUGCGUGGGAUGACGAGGGUCUCCCCACUCGCGAUGCGGCUGGCGAGGAGAUCGCUAAGAGCCGGGCUAAGAAGCUUCGGAAAGACUGGGAGAGACAGAAGAAGCUGCACGAGCAGUGGCUGGCUAGCCAAAUGGGAGCAAAAUAA